UUGCUGUUUGGAUUUGUGAAUGUCUUUCUUCCCCUCAGUAUGAAUCUCGAGCUUUUAGAGUCGUUUGGCCAGAAUUACCCAGAGGAAUUUGAUGGGGCCCUGGACUGCGCAUCACUAGCUGGUACCUGCGCUUUUAAUAGACGAGGCACUCUACUGGCCGUGGGGUGCAAUGAUGGACGAAUCGUCAUAUGGGAUUUCUUGACCCGCGGCAUUGCGAAGGUCAUCAGCGCUCAUGUUCAUCCUGUUUGUUCUUUAAGCUGGUCAAGAGGCGGCUACAAGCUUCUUAGUGUUUCUACCGACAAUAAUGUCUGCAUAUGGGAUGUCCUGAGUGGCGAGUGCGAUAUCAAAUACAGAUUUCCCUCGCCCGUUAUGAAGGCCCAAUUUCAUCCCCGCAAUGACAAGAUUUUCCUAGUUUGCCCCAUGAGACAUCCAGCGGUGCUCGUCAAUGUCGAUGCCUCGCACAAGAUUGUUCCAAUGGAUGAUGAGGGAGACGUCAACAUUGUUGCUUCCUUUGACCGUCGAGGGGAGUACAUAUACACAGGCAACAGCCGAGGGAAGCUACUCAUCCUCUCUUGCCCAGACUUGGAGGUCAAAACAACAUUCAGGAUCGGCCAAGGGACCACAAGUGCUGCUGCCAUCAAGAGUAUUGAAUUUGCGCGCAGAACAGAGUUUUUCCUUGUGAAUUCUGCUGACCGUGUUAUUCGCGUUUAUGAUGCGAAGAAAGUCCUUAGGUGUGGGAAAGAGGAUGAUCCAGAACCAAUACAGAAGUUACAGGAUUUAGUUAACAAAACCAUGUGGAAGAAAUGCUGCUUCUCUGGCGAUGGCGAAUAUAUCUGCGCAGGCUCCGCUCGACAGCACUCCCUGUACAUAUGGGAGCGCAGCGUGGGAAACCUGGUGAAGAUCCUGCACGGCACAAAGGGAGAGAUGCUUCUUGAUGUUGUGUGGCAUCCAGUGCGACCAAUUUUGGCUUCCAUCAGCUCUGGGGUAGUGUCUGUGUGGUCACAGAACCAGGUUGAAAACUGGUCAGCCUUUGCCCCUGACUUCAAGGAGCUGGACGAGAAUGUGGAAUACGAGGAGAGGGAAUCAGAGUUCGACCAGAGCGAUGAGGACAAGAGUGUUGAAAUGAGCCAGGAGAAGAAGGAGGAGGAUAUUGAGGUGGACGUCACGGCGAUAGAACCUGUAGCAGCCUUCUGCAGCUCAGACGAGGAAGACGACAGCAGCACCCUCCUGUACCUCCCCAUCUCCCCGGAGAUCGAAGAGCCCGAGGAAGGUUGGGGACCAGAGGGGGCGCCUAAUGAGGACCUGAACAGCAAGCGCUCGGGUGACUGCAAGGAGAAUAUAUCCCCGAAGAAGAAGAGACCCAAGACCUUUGAUGUUACCUUAGAGAAUGCACCCACUGACGAAGUGCACCCCUUGGCAAGCAACAGACCGAAAGACAAGCAAAUGGCAGGCAACAAGAAGGGAAGAAAUAACUCAAAAGGAGACUCUAAGAAAGAUAGAAAAAAACAUUAAAAUUACUUUUUAUGUGAAUAUAUUCUUUCGUGUAUUUAACUUCCUUGUGUAAUUGAUAUUAGUUUUAUAUAUAUUUUUUUUUUACUAGUACUAUAAUUGCUACUAUAAAAUCUAUUUUUCUUCUUAGCAGCGGUAAAUAUUUUCCUUGAAGAGCAAAUAAACAGAAACAUUAAUA